GAUGCAGGAAGACUCAUGUGCCUCAUUCUGCCAACCAGAGAAAGUCUGCAGAGAGAUCAGGUUACAGUAAGUUUCCUCUCACCAAACACACACACUGGACUGAGAGGACAGACUCAAGAGAUACAACACUCACUUCACAGGAAAAGAAGAAAUCUCUCCACAACAAGAUUCAACAACAUGCCCGGAAACCUCUUAAAAAAUCCAAAUGGAGAUGAGGAUCUGGAACACUGGGAGCUGACAGAGAAUGGAGGCGAUCAAUGGCGGACCGAAGACAUGCCGGGGGACUGCGGACACGCGUUCAAUGACGAAUCAGUCACUAAAUACUUCUGCACCUCUUUUGAGCCGUGUCUAAAAAGACAAAUGAUUGACUUGCUGGCAGAGGGUUACGACCCCGAAAAUUUAGAUUUUGCACAGCCAGCCGUCACUGUGGAGGACUGGUACUGUAGCCGAACAGACUGUGGGUGUAUUUAUAAUCUCACUGUGUCUCUGCUUGAUGAAAACAAAGAGGUCAUCACUGAAUUUAAGUCAGAUGAAGUGACCCUCGACCCUGACUGCGAUGACUGCUCUUGGAAAAAGGUGAGCCACACAUUCACAGAUUACGGUCCGGACCUCCGCUUCAUCUCUUUUGAACAUGGCGGUCAAGACACCAAGUAUUGGCAGGGCUGGUUUGGAGUGAGAGUGACUGGAAGCUCAGUUACCAUCGACUUCUGAACACCAAUCAGACAAAAAUAUGAUUGAUUAAAAAAGACCAGAAGAAUUUUCUUGCAGCUUGCGUUGUUUUGCACAUACUGUACUACGUGUAAUACUAACUAAAUAUACAGCUGAAGGUGUACUGCACAUGUAGGCCUUUAAACAAAGCAUCUGAUCAGAUUAUAA